AUGAGUAUUGCAAACUCUGACCGUAGAGUGUCUGACUGGGACGAAAAUGAUGUUCAGAACUUUCUAACUGGCCUUGGUCUUCCUCAAUAUGAAUCCCAAAUCAAAACACAUCGAAUAUCCGGCGACAUUCUCUGUAUGCUUGAUGCAGAGAUCCUUAAGAGUAUUGGAAUUGCUAGUAUUGGUCAAAGGCUCGCCAUCCUUAAAGCUGUUUACCUUCUCAAGAUUUCGCACAAUAUUCCGCUGGAUCCUGAUUCCUACGUACCUCCCUCGGAAGCUCAGGACCGUGCAGAGAGCGUGACGGUUGAGAAACUACAUGCAAUAGUCAAGGAUCAAUCCGAGCGACUUCGUGUGCUAGAAGAGGAGAAUAAGAACUUCAACUCUACAUUACAGUCAUUCUUAGACGACUAUAACAAUCUCAGACAAUCCUUCGUCUCCCGAUCUUCGGACGACUCUAGUCCAUCAUUACAUCGACAACCAUCAUUCAAAUGGGCUCAAUUCAAACCGACGAAAUCACCCACUAAGCCCGAACACGUCGAGUCUCCUCAUCCCUCUCCUCAGCAGCUGGAUCACGACAUCCCUCCUUACACCAGAAGCACACCACCCUCUCAAAUUGCUUCUACCUCAGCCUCUACCCCAGCCCCUUCUGAUAAGCCAAAGCCCCAACAGAAUAUUACUGACUCCCCAAAUCUUACGCAGGGCGCUCCUCCGAAGCCAGCCAGGCAAGACAGCACAGACAACCUCAAAAGUUUUAAAGUCAGUCUAGAAGACCCCACUUGGAAAGUCCUUCCCGCAGCUUUGAAGAAAUACCGCAUACAUAACGAUAAUUGGGAAAAUUAUGCGAUGUUCAUAUGUUAUGGCUCACCUGGCAACCGUAUUGAGCGCUGCUUAAGUUACGACGAGAAGCCACUCCUACUGUUCCAGAAGCUUAAGGACGCCAAAAAGAAUCCUGUUUUUAUGCUCAAACAUAUCAAGGAUAUACGUUCUCCGAUUGUCGUUGCCCAGCAGAAGCACGCAGCCCGCAAAGCAUCAUCUGUCAUCAAUAGCGGUAACGAGCAGCCCUCUGGUGCUGGUUCAUCUACUGCAAAUGCAGCUUCCACCACUGCUCCCGGGCACACGAAAGCGUCUUCGCGGACUAUCACACGUCCACCCAGGUUGGAAGUAAAUGAUCUUUCUGCGCCCGCUCCGUUAACUUCAUCGGGUGUUGGUGGGCUCAGCCCUCAGCCAAGAUGGCCCGAGCCGGGAAUCGCAUCACCUAUGGUUGAAACACAGCGGCGGGCAGGAGAAGGUGGAGGCGAUGAUUCAUUCUUGGGUAUACCUCCUACCUCCGCAGGAACGUUGGCUCCCCAUGGAUCAGUAUCCAAUCUAUCUGCAGGCUCGAGUAAAUUACGACUUGCAACAACGGAUUCACCUCCGUUGAGUAGUGGACGAGAAAUGCCGGUGGCGUCGGCCGGCGUUUCGUACGCUGUAGCGAUUUAUCCUUACAUGGCAGAGCAAGAAGACGAGUUUGAUGUCGUUGUGGGUGACACAUUUGUUAUUCUGUCUAGAGCGAAAGGCUGGUGGGUUGUGCAGCGCGAUCCCAAUGGUACUGGGGUUGUCGAUACCGACCUCGCGAAGCAAGGAUGGGUGCCCGCUGGAUGUCUUCUCGAAACCAAUGUCCCCGUCGCAUCUGCAAUCGCCGAAGCAACGGCAGCCAAGUCGGCAACAGGCUCUGAUACACCUGUCACGUCCAAAACACCGAUACUUCCACUCAGUAUCAUCUCCACGAGCUUCCCAGGUAUUGCACUCAUGGAUUAUAAGAAGAAAGGCGAGGAGGAGCUGGACUUAGCUAAGGAUGAUGUCCUGCGAGCUGUGAAGGAAGAAGGAGGCGACCGUGGUUGGGUACCCUCAUGGUUCAUUGGCAAAGUUGCAGCUGUGCCUCCUACACCUAGUACCAGCGUCCCGCCACAGAUGAACAAUCUCAACCUAGAGGAGAACAAUGGUCAACCCCAAGUUUCGCCAUUAUCUUCCGCGUUUCCCCCUGUGCAGACACGCGUAACUACGGUUAUAUGA